CUCAGGUUCAUCUCUCCUCCCCCGUUUCUUAAACCUUACCCUUCUUCUCUCGGACAGACUCUUUCCUCCCUUACUCUUCCUUCCCAGGCGGCGACGACGAGGCGAGCGGCGGCGCCAUUUGUCCAGUCCUCGCCCAGCCCUUUGCCGGCGACGAGCGUAUCCUUCAGCCUGAGUUUGCAGACACUAUGGACGAAUCACGAAAAAGAGAUGUUCCUACUGCAAAUGCUAAAAGUAUAAGUUCACCCCUUGAUGAAGAUUUUGGAAAUGAUUUUCUUUCGUCUUGGAAGCUACCAAAAUCAGGAAAAGACACAAUUGACUUCAGUGUUGACUCAGUUCCAAAGUGUAGCAAGAAAUUCAGCUUUGGCAACCUAGCUGAUUUCGGAAUUGAUGGAGCCUUUGACAAAUUACCAUCAUUUAAAAUGGGCAUGUCUGAUCUGGAUUUCUCUAGUCCUCUCAAGAAAAAAGUGAAGCACAGCAGUUCAAAUGAUGAUGAUAUUUCUGAUGGGAAAAAGGAAAGUGCAAAGGACAAUUUCUCCUUCUCCUUUGAUUUCAACGAGCUGGGAAAGUUUAGUCUUGAUGCAAAGCUAGGAAUUGAGGAAAAAAGUAUGAGUAAAUUUACUGGUAAAGUUGACCCUGUCUCCUCAGAGGGUAACAAGGAUGCACAAAGAGGUAUUUCGGCUAAGGCCAGUGCUAUUCUUGAAGAUAACAAUAGUAAGGGCAAACCCCAAACACAGGAUGUUUGCACUUUAAGACCUUCUCAUCCGACAAAUCAUGAGAGUGUAAAGAAUGCCAGUCGACCGGCUUCAAAUAUUAAUGCAGCUAAUUCAUCUGACAAGAUCCAAGAACAUACCAGUGUUAGUCCUGCAAUAAUGAAACAAACUGAAGUAGACUCAGUGCCCAAUGGCAAUCAUAGAGAGCAUCCUAAAGAGAUAUACCCAACAAAAGCAGCUGUUAACAUACCUUCUCAGAAUUUCUCAGGCAGUGCUCUGUCCGGUGAAGAUCCAACACAAGUGCUAGCAGAUCCUAUGAACAGUAAAGGUGCUACUAUAGCAGACAUUGGUAAAGUUCACAUAUCAAGGGAGAGUAAUGACAAAGAGCAGUCGAUUGGUUCACAAUCCAAGGACACCAGCGCCAUUAAUCCCAAUGUCUCAGGAAGACUGGUGGGUCAAUUUGAUUCCCGGAAUGAGGUUGUGGAGGAAAGUGUCUCUCUUAAUGAAGGAAGUCAAGGUAACCGAAGUUUAAGCGACGUUCAUAAGAAGCUUUUGAAGGAGACAUCAUAUGGAACAAAGGAUACUGAUGAAGGGACUUCAGGUCAUAAGAGUCUCUCCUCUUCAAUGCAGAGGGGAAUAAAAAAUGUUGAAUCUGCACUGGCGAAUGAGAGAGGAGGUUUUUCUCUUGUAUCCAAGUCUACAAAUAUGAAAGCAAGCAGGGUCGAACUAACUUCAGAAAUAGCCUUAAAUCAACUAUCUGGUGCAAGUAAAGUGAUAAAAAAGAUGACAUUACAUCCUACAGAUUUGAAAAGGGAGCACAAGCAAGCUAAUGCAGGACCUGACGAAUGUAAAACUGCUUUGUCAAAAACAUACAGCAAGCCAGCAUCACAUGGGCUAUUGACUACCUCCAUUAACGCCAAAGGUGACAGAAAUGCUAAAUCAGGACUUGAGCCUCCUAGCCCAGGGAACUCAUCUCUGCUGAAUGCUCGAAAUAACACAGCACAUAGCACUGGUCAUAAAAUUGUUGCAAAUCAUAUGCUUCUAAAAACUAGUAAUGCUUCUGAUUCACAAGUUACUCAUUCCAAGGAUAAUAAAAUGUCAAUAAUUUCUCAUCUGACAGGGGCAAGAAUUGCAAAAUUAGGAAUCAGGAGUCCAAUGUCCGACAGGGUUCCUGAGAAGGAAUCACUACAACUGAGUGGGACCAAGGGUUCCCCUUUAACACCAUCCCAAACCCUUAACUCUGUUCCUGAAGGAAAACCUGCAUUGCCUAGCCCAGCCAUAAUGCAAAAGGAAUCAGUUCUAGAUCCAAAAGCUCCUACAGUGCUCAAACGCAUAAUGAGGUCUCCAGCUGUAAGAAAAUCACCUCAAACUGUUCCAGAGUUGGGAAAUGAAAUGAUUCUGGGAAGUGGAACUCCAAAAGCUCAUGUGGAUAUGAUCUCUUCACAUAUGCCAUCUGAGAUGGGAGACAUUUCAGAUCGAGAGUUGCCUAUGCUGUUAGAAAAUGAUGGAAACUUAGAAAAAGCUGAGGCUUGUAGAAAGGAGCUUGAAGAUAUAUGCAUUUUAUUGAGAAGGAAACAUGCAGAAGCUAAAGAGCUAGCAGUUCGGGCUAUUGUUAACAACAAUAACAUGCUGAUGUUAAACCACCCAAUGUUUGAGGAGAAAAUUUGCUCGAUUCAGAAAUUUGCGAACGGCCUGAGAUCCAAGAAGUACUUAUUUGAGGAAGUUGGCAGCAUUAACGCCCAUUGAUGCGGGACAGGUGUGGGGGAAAAUGGCCUCGUCCUGUUGGAGCAUGGGUAAUGUAAGUGCAACGGAACAGCUCAGGAUCCAGUGUAAACGCAAUCCUGAACAUAACAAACUAUCUUCGUCGUGCAUUUUGUUAGAUGGUUGGCUUCCGUGGACGUGUCCAUUCACACAGCAUAGCAAUUGUUGAGUGUCUAUAGCACCUUAUAAUCUGAUAAUUCUGGUUGUGAGAUAUGACCCUGUGGGCUCAAUGACUAGGUGAGCACUAUGUCAAUCCCUGUCUCCAUCUAUGCUAAUUUGAGUGAGCGUGAGAACACUCAAAUUAGAUUGAUGCUGGGGAGAAGUUUAAAAGCCAGUGAUUUUUGUUGUUUCUACCGUUAGGUAUGUUAGUGUUAAAAGCUGGUAAAAGUUUGUGGCCUUUUAGUUGGUUGCUAUGGUUAUCUAGUUGCAGCACACUCGGUUGCACUAACAUAUCAGAUGGCUAAGAACGUAAGACAGUGGAUUGGUGUUUC